CCACAUGCGCUAUCGGCUACGGAGAUGAAACGUCUAGGUUUCUUGAUAAGAUAAGUGAUUCGUUGCGAUGGAUGGCUUUACCUCCACCUCAAAUGUACACUACUUGAGAACAUGCGAUAGAAUUAUACACCAAUUUUGGGAUACGUUCCUAACCCAUGCUGAUUCACUUGAACUGAACUCCUGUUAUUGUCCUGCUAUUUAAGCAUACACAUGAUUGACAUGAGCAAAAUCCCAACAGUUUUCAAUAUGUUGAUAACUGUUUGCAGCCUCGGCAUCUCAACGUGCAUUACAUAAGCCAUAUCCGCAUCUCAUUUUCAACCACUUCCCCUUGUCCAGCUGUUGACCAGCUCGGUAUCAAUUGCUUCACCGUAUCACUUGGGGCACUCUCAGCUCUUACUGCUGCCAACUCAAUUACUAUAACUCAAUCGUGUCAUAUAGUAUACGGGACAAUCCACCGCCAGCAGCAGCACGUCCAGACAAACCUUCCAUCCAAACCCAACUCGAAAAAACAAGAGCAACAGCAGCACAAGAAAGAAAGACCCAAAAAUGUCUUCCAAAUCCGCUUCCUCCCGGGGCCCCAAAGGCCUCACAAAGCUGUACCUCAUAGGCUACAACGCUGCCAGCUUAACACUCUGGGCAACCUGCACCCUCCGCGGCUUCUACCUCCUCGCAACCAACUCCCCUGAGGACAUUCCCGUCAUCUUCAACGACAUCUUCUGGCCUCUCCUGGCAACAACCCAAACUCUGGCCGUCCUGGAGAUCUUCCACAGCUUGCUUGGCAUCGUGCGCGCCCCUGUCACCACGACCGCAAUGCAGGUCGCGAGCCGACUGCUUCUCAUCUGGGGUGUGAUGUUCCUCUUCCAUGAACAAGGCGACGGCGCGGGCAUUGUGGGAGCUCCCACGGAGGCGGUUAAGGUGGGCGAUUAUGCAUUCCUGGGUUGCUUGAGCGCCUGGGGUGUGACCGAGUGUAUUCGGUAUGGAUUCUUUGCCUUGCAGGUUUUGGGCGCCGGUGUGCCCGGGUGGUUGACUUGGUUGAGAUACAACACCUUCUAUGUGCUUUAUCCUCUUGGUAUCACCAGUGAGUGCGUCAUGGUCGUCAAGGCGCUGGAGCCGGCUGCCGAGUUUAACCCUCUGUACCGGUGGUUUUUGCUUGUCGUUCUUGGUAUCUAUGUGCCUGGUUCUUACAUUCUUUAUACGCAUAUGAUUGCCCAGAGGAAGAAGGUGCUCAAGAAGAGGGCAGAGUAGAGUCAACGCUGGAUGACUGCAGCUGUGAGAUAUCGGUGUUGAUAUGACAAAAUGGAUGGGUUUGGUGUAGAAAACGUAAUUUCGCUACAACAAGACGCAUUGGCAAUGAUAUACUGAUGGCUAUGUAC